UCCCAGUGCCGGCAAAACCGCAGCGACGCAGCACCGUGACCAAGCGCAAGAGGUCAAAGAUUGCUAAUACUCUCGGGAAGGGUCCCGCCACCCCUGCCAUGCCCAAACAUGAACGUGACCGGGUGGUGAAGGAGCAGCGGGAGUACCUCCUCCCGUCGGUUGGCGCCCCCGGCUCCUCCUCUGACGAUACUAUCUCAAAGCUAUCGAACAAGCGCAAGCGUAGCGAUGAGAAGCAAGACAUUUCAGCGCUAGCGAAUGGCCUGAAGAAAGCGGCCAGGCUGACCAAAAAGCGCAAGGCGCCCCCUCCGGAAAAUGCCAGCAAUCCCACCUCCAAUGCUACCGCAGAGCAAUGCAAGAAGAAGAUAUGCAGAUCAGCGCCAGCGAACCGCGUCAAAACCUCGCCAAGCCUGGACAUCUCGCCACCCCUACUGGCCAAGAUCGCCCGCAUCAAGACAUCCCUUGCCUCAAUCAAAACCAGCAAGUCUUACUUUCGGCGCUCCACCGGAACGCUCACACUCCUACUGGUACCGGAGCGUACACUUCUGGGUGCCCUCACCAGUCUCCGCGUCGACUUCGCCAUGGACACCGAUGCGAGUCUGGACGACGCAAGGCCAUGUAUCGACCACCACUUCGUCGCAGCCGUGCAGCAAACAGCAGAUCAAGGGUGGGUCGCGCUCGCCGUCUCGCCAGGUGUCUAUUGCGACCUCGAGGUGGCUCUCAAAGCCAAGGUGCAAGGGCAUGGGCUCAAGGAAGUCAACCUGCUGGAGACGGAGCUGGAAAUGCUGGCACAAGAGGCUGAGGAGAGAACGCCAUCUGAAGACGGUUCGGUGAGCACCGUGACCGGUGGGGUGGUCAGUGACCAGACGACUCUGCAAGCAUUCUGGGAUGAGAAGAUGGAAGCCUUUCUCAAAGCGAACGACGAGGCAAAGGCGGCUGAGAAAGCUGACGAUGCGUCGGCCGAGAAGCGAGCAUUGUGGGAGUGGGUUGGUAAAGGUGUAUGUCCUGCGCCUAUGGUGGCGGUCGUUUAGACUCCGCAUCCCACUUAAUGCUUGUGAGGCACCAACCCGCGACAUUGCGUAAAGUCGCGCCAUAUAGCUCAGGCCUCCUAGACUUCGGAAUGUGAGGAUCUGAAGAUACAAUUUCCAAUGCUGUUUCUAGUACUUGCGUUGAGC